AUGCUUCUUAAAGGCCUUGUCGAUUUCAUCCUCUACUUUAGCUAUUCUCCAUCCAAGGGACUGGUGAAGUGUAGUGAAGUUGAGAAUGACAUGGAUGGCUUCUUUGAAAAGCAUGGAAUACAAGUCUGGAUGAAGAUGUGGAGUUUUAUUAUAGUGAUCUGUUUCUGCCAAGAGAUUUACAAUUCAGAAGAAUUUAGAACUUCAGAAGAAUCUGUGAGUAAGAGUACACUGAAUCCUGAAUGCUUUUUGACUCCGAGUGGGAUUAUCCAAUAUCAUAAUUACCCAAGUGAAGAAUAUCAGGUUGAGUCAAAAGAUGGAUAUUUACUUACAAUUGUGAGAAUCCCUCAUGGAAGAUAUAAUGGUGCAAAUAAAGAUCCACGACCUGUUGUAUUUUUGCAACAUGCAGCAUUUGGAGAUGCUUCCCACUGGAUUUCCAAUCUGCCCAACAAUAGUUUGGGCUUUAUUCUAGCAGAUGCUGGCUAUGACGUUUGGCUUGGAAACAGCAGAGGGAAUACCUGGUCUAGAAAACAUAAGACACUGAGCCCAAAAGAAAAGAAAUUCUGGGAAUUUAGUUUCCAUGAGAUGGGAUACUAUGACAUUCCAGCAAUCCUGUACUUCAUCCUGAAUAAAACCGGGCAGCAACAAUUGUAUUAUGUAGGCCACUCCGAAGGGGCAGCAAGUGGUUUCGUGGCAUUUUCUACUUGGCCAAAACUGGCAGAACGAGUAAAAGUGUUUUUUGCAUUGAGCCCAGCAACAACAAUAACAUAUGCUACAAGCCCUUUACUAAAACUGUCAGUGUUCCCUCCAUGGAUGUUUCACGUUGUAUGUGGCAGCAAAGGAAUAUUGCUGUACCCUACCCAUCUGAGAAAGCUAUUAACUACAUUGUGUAUGUAUUUCCCUAAAUAUUGUGUUGAUAUGGUGUCCUUCGUCUGUGGAAAUAAUAUGCCCAAUUUAAACAUGAGCCGAACGGAUGUCUUUAUAGCACAUUCUCCUGCAGGAUCAUCUGUGCAAAAUACCCUUCAUUGGAUUCAGAUUUAUAAUACAAAGGUGUUCCAUGCAUAUGACUAUGGCAUUAAGGAGAAGAAUAUGGAGAAGUACAAUCAGACAACUCCUCCUGUAUACCAGAUAGAAGAUAUAAAAACACCAGUUGCAAUAUGGGCUGGAGGGAAAGACUUAAUUGUACAACCAAAAGAUGUGGCAAUGUUACGGGCACGAAUCAAGAAUCUCAUUUAUACAGAUUAUAUUCCUGAAUGGGAACAUGUGGACUUUAUUUGGGGACUUGAUGCAGCUAAACGCAUGUACAAUCAUAUGAUAGCAAUCAUGAAGAAAUAUUAA